AUGCGUGAAAUUGACAAAUCCUUAUUGCUACAUUGUGGGAGACUGUUCCAGCAAUUCUGCAUUGAUACAUACGUAAAGGUAGAAUCAGCAAGACUGGAUUUUCAUCGAAAUAGGCAGCGACAGAUUAGAACAGAUGUUUACCAAGGAAUUUUAGACAGUAUUGCAAAUGGAGAAACAUUUGAAUCAAAUGUUGGUCGACGAAUAUAUUUGCCUGCUUCUUUUAUUGGAGGUCCUAGAGAUAUGAAACGAAGAUACAUGGACACCAUGACACUGGUCCAACGGUAUGGAAAACCUGACAUAUUCUUAACAAUGACCUGCAAUCCAGCUUGGCCUGAGAUCAAGAAACAUCUCUCUGAUCGCGAAGAGGCACACAAUAGACCUGAUGUAACUGCAAGAGUAUUUCGCGCGAAACUAGAGAUGCUUAGAAAUGAUAUUAUCAAAAAAGGCCUUUUUGGCAAAGUUGCAGCAUACACAUAUGUUAUCGAAUUCCAGAAGAGAGGUCUCCCACAUGCACACUUUUUGAUAAUCCUUGCAAAUGGAUGGAAAUUGGACUCACCUGAAGCUUAUGAUCGUGUUGUAUCUGCAGAAUUACCAGAUCCAGCUUCUUUCCCAUAUCUGCAUUCUGUCGUAGUUGCUCACAUGUUGCAUAGACCAUGCGGAACAGCUAAUAAAAACAGUCCAUGUAUGAAGCAAAAUGGAAAAUGCAAAUUUGCCUAUCCAAAGGACUUUGCUGAAUUCACAAGACAUAAUAAGAAUUCAUACCUUCUUUACAUGCGCUGUCAUGAUCAAAAGACUGUCACAGCUCGCCAUUUCCAGUUCGACAAUCGUUGGGUAGUUCCCUACAAUCCAUACUUACUUGCCAAGUAUGAUUGCCACAUCAAUGUUGAAGUUUGUUCCACAAUUGAUGCUGUUAAAUAUAUUUACAAAUAUAUCUACAAAGGACACUCAAAGAUACUGUAUCAGCUUAAUGCAGCAGAGAAUGAUGGAGCAAUUGAUGAAAUAAAAAAUUUCCAAUCUGGAUGA